GUUGGCCCUUUCUCCUUCCCUUUCUCUCUGUCGCGGCGGUGGGCUGUAGCCGCUGUCCCUGACCUGCCUGGCACGUUCUUUUUCAUUUUUUCAGUUUAAAUUGGGUUCCCAGUUUCAGGAUUCACCCUGUUACCAAAUUCUUCAGAACCCCCUAUUUGGGUCUUCCCUUCCAGUGCCGCUUUGCUCCAGAUUCGUACAUUAGAGCCCGUACCGUGUAUUAUGGCGGUGGUGAGCGGGUUGUCGGAACCGGCAGUUGCCCGGCUCGAGGGCCGGGAAUUCGAAUACCUUAUGAAAAAACGUUCGGUGACCAUCGGGCGGAACUCGUCCCAGGGCUCGGUGGACGUGAGCAUGGGCCAUUCCAGCUUUAUUUCGCGCCGGCAUCUAGAAAUUUUUACGGUGGGCGACGACGAGACAGGCGACGACAGGACGGGCGGAGACUUCUACUUGAGGUGCCUCGGCAAGAACGGGGUGUUCGUAGACGGAGUGUUCCUAAGGAGAGGGGCCGCUCCCCUGCAGCUGCCGCGACUUUGCACCUUUAGGUUUCCCAGCACAAACAUCAAGAUCACGUUCACGGCGCUGUCUAGCGGUCCGAAGCGGCACUGGAACGGGCCGGAGUCGCCCGUGGAGCCGCUGACGAUCAGUAUCCCUGACGGCAUCUCUGUCAGCAUCCCUGCCCCGGCCGCGGACGGCAUCGCUCACAUGAUGAGCCCACUCCCAUCGCCCACGGGCACUAUCAGCGCUGCCAACUCCUGCCCCUCGAGCCCCCGUGGCGCUGGAGCAUCUGGCUACCGUUCGGCCCGAGCUCUCGCCCCUGAGGUGCAGCUUGCUGUAGACCACUCACAGCCCGAGUAUGACAAAGAAGCCUUGGAACAGGGCAGCCCCAAGGAUGACUCCAAGCCCCCAUAUUCCUAUGCACAGCUCAUAGUGCAGGCAAUCACACUGGCUCAAGACAAGCAGCUAACCCUGAAUGGGAUAUACAACCACAUCACCAAGAACUACCCCUACUACAGGACGGCAGACAAGGGCUGGCAGAACUCGAUACGACACAAUCUGUCUCUGAACCGCUACUUUAUUAAAGUGCCCAGGUCCCAGGAGGAGCCGGGGAAGGGCUCCUUCUGGCAAAUAGACCCUGCCUCCGUGGACAAGCUUGUGGAUCAGGCCUUCCGGAAGCGCAGGCCUCGCGGUGGGCCGUGCUUCCGCACUCCCCUGGGUCCCCUGUCCUCCAGGAGUGCCCCUGCCUCUCCGAGCCACUCGGGGGUGCUGUCUGCUCACUCCAGCGGGGUACAGACCCCAGAAAGUUUUUCCAGGGAGGGGUCUCCAGUGCCGGCCGAACCUGCCGCUGCCCAUGCACCCACAACUGCCCCAGCCUGUACCCCUACUCCCACCCCUGGCUCCACUGCAGUAGUCCAGUCCAAAAUGGCUGUGAUCCAGGAGGCUCGCUUUGCUCAGAGUACGCCAGGCUCUCUGGCCGGCCAGCCCGUCCUCAUUGCCGUGCAGCGGCCGCUGUCCCAGUCGCUCAAGCCGCUGGCGUACGCCGUGGCCUCGCCCGUCCCGAGCUCCAGCCCGCAGCCGUCCAUCAUGCAGACGGUCCAUGUGGUGCAGCAGAUCCCCGCCGUGUCGGUGGCCGAGCCGCAGCAGAACGGGGAGCACAAGGAGGUCAAAGUGAAGGUAGAAUCCGUUCCAGCCAUCAGCCACGGCUCUGUGGGAACCACUAGACACGUCAUCCAGACGUCCCAGGCCAUGCCCCUGCAGACGGUUACCAUAGUGACGCAGGCACCUCUGGGGCAGCACCAGCUGCCAGUGAAGCCCAUCAGGCAGAAUGGCACUCACGUGGUGGCCCUCGCCCCGCAGGGACAGGGCAGCACAGUAUCCAGCGCCCUCCACAUGCUGGCCACCUCCGCCUCCAACUCCACCUCCCUGCGCAACAAGCGGCCCGCCACGGAACCCACCGAGGCAUCGCCGCAGAAGAGGAUGAAGGGCGAGGAAGAAGAGGGCACGGGCAGGGCGGUGAGCGUCGAGCAGAGCGGGCAGGAAUAGCCCCUCCUCUUCCCCCUCUGUUGCCCAAGGCUGCCAAAGAGGAAGAGGAGGAGAUGUUACGCUGGCCCUGAACACUGAGGCCAGAUGGAUUUAAAAAAAUUUUAAAAGACAAAAAAAAUAGAAAAACAAGGUGGCUCUGUGGGAAGACAGCCAUCAAGAAGCCUUAGAAAUAACAAUAAAAAUGAGAACUGCAGUAGUAGUAAAGCUCCAAAUGAAAUGUUGAGACUGUGCCUGAGGUUACAGGUUUCUCAGCUGGCCUGGUGCAUGCUGGGAAGGGGGAGGCAAGCAUAGGUUCAACAGGAGCGCGUUCUUCGAAGGAAGUGACACGUAGAGGCACUUCCUGUACCUUGGCAGCUAGCCUCUGAUGCGGACUUAAGGCAGCUGUUUGAUUGUGUGAGUUCAUCGUACCUGGAGCAGGCAGCCUUUCCGGCAUUUUCUUUUCCUUCCAUUUCAGUCAUGGGGGGGGAGGAGGGACCACGAAGCAGGACACCCUGGAGAUACUGACAUUUCACACAGCUACCCUGAUCCACAGCCCUUAUCUUUUUUUCUUCCUUCCGAUUAACAUUUUUUUUUCUCCAACUCUGGAGUGAUUUUAGUCUGUACUGCCAAACUCAAACGUCUUAUUUUAUUAUUAUACAUUCAUUCUCAUGCUAAUAAUAUGUUUAAAAUAUAUCCAUGUCUAGCUGUGUUUCACAGAUUUUGCAUGUACCAAACUGGAGAAGCUUACCUGACCUGUUAACCAUACGUCUCCGUGACGACCUGCCUGUGUUUUCUUAGUUUCUUCUAUACAGGUCUUCUUCCCCCCCCCCCCCCCCCCCCCCCCCUG